AUGGGUGAAUUUAAAGUUGCACUAAGCGAAGAAUGGGAAAAUUUGGAUUGUUCCAUUUUUGAAAAGGUUGUUGCUUCAAUGUUACAAAGAAUAAAUGCAGUACUAGAAGCUAGAGAAGGACACUUGAGAACGAAAGUAUAA